UAAAGACAAAAAAUAUAAAAAAAAUAGCAGUGCCCAUGAUGAUGUUGUAAUUCAUUAAACCCCCUAAAAUGUUUAAUUGAUUGUCAAUCAACAGUUUAAAAUGAUUACCUAUGAAAGAAGCCAGUUAACCAUAAACCCAGCCUCAUCCAUCUGUCACUGCAGCCCAAACGCCAGCGGCCCCCUCUCCCAUUUCCUCUGCUCCUCUUGCUCAGUUAUUAAAACAUUUGUCUAAUGUUUUUAAAUUUACUUUCAUUACCAUGCUAUACUUAAUCACUUAUUAGUUUCAUUGAUACAGUAAUGGAGGAGGAUUAGGAUUUUUUUAUUGUCCAUCUGAUGGAGUAUUUUAUUUUUAAACCAACCACAUCCAAAUUAGUGAUUGAUUUAAUUGCUUCUAUGAUGUCUGUAAUCAAAUGUUUUCUGUACCCUCAGGUUCACUUAUAGUAUUUUUGCCUGUUGGUAGAAGUUGUGGUAUAAGGGUUUGCAUGCAACAGUGAUAUUUGGGAGGAUGUCUGAACCGAUAUUCUUUAGUAGGUAAUCAAAAAUGGGGCACAUGACUCAAGCAAAAAAAAACAGACCAAAGUACAACCACUGAGAAAUAAUUGGAUAUUUCAAAUGUCAGCCAAUAGCGAUUAUUGGAAUAAAUUAGUGCAUCUUUUUGGUUACUAUUGGGAUACUCUACCUGUUCAUUUGCUUACCUCUGCUAUAGUAUCUGCUGCUAACAGCUAUCAUAAAUUCUGUGGUAUCCAUUUAAAGGUCGAACAUUGUGCUAAACAUCACAGCUUGAUUUUGAACAGCUUAUUUCUCAAUAAAGGCUGCAUUCAAAGAGGCCCUCAAAUUUGGAUAUUUUUCACUAGUAAUUUACCUUUUGACCAAUCACAUCAUAUUGUCUGAUUAGUGAAAAUAACAGGAAUUGUAAUCUGUGCAAAUGGGGUGUAAGACAUUCUGUCUAAGAGUACAAUGAAAUCAGAUACAUACCAAUGAUGAAGUCACUAAAUGUGUCAGUUAAAUGAGUAAAAUGUGAAUGUUAUAUUGCAAAAUUAAGUGACUUGAACGUUGCAGUGGGUAUUGCCUCAUUCCCUGUGUCAAUAUUUAGAAUCUAGUUAAAGAUCAAUAGCCGAGCUUCAGAGCAAAUUCACCAUUUUAGCGACACACAAAAAAGAAAAGUCCAGCUGAUACUAUUUAACUCCAACUUCUACCUGGGUUGGCCCAUAGAAGGAUGUUGCAGUCCAAGACUUGGCUCAUCACCCUACUUCUGAUUUCUGUCUAUUCCCUAUUAGAAUCAAAAGUGUUUUUGGAGCCAAGGGAUGCGGUUCAGUUGCUCCGAGGGGUCAGGCGGCCCAGGGCCAACUCCUUCCUGGAGGAGAUUAUGCCUGGGAACCUGGAGCGUGAGUGCUAUGAGGAGACCUGCUCCCAAGAGGAAGCUGCCGAGAUCUUCCAGACUAAGGAGAAGACGAUGGAGUUCUGGUAUAGGUAUAAGAAUUUGAAUCCAUGCCACUACAACCCAUGUAAGAAUGGAGGAAUCUGCACCACUAAUCGGGAUGAAUACCUCUGCCUGUGUCCUCCCCGUUACGAGGGCAAAACAUGUGCAAUAGAGGUGUUUGAGUGCCAAUUUAAAAAUGGAGGCUGUCUGCAUUACUGCACCGACCAGGAGCGAACCAAAGGGGUCCAGUGUAGCUGUGCAGAGGGCUACAAGUUAGAUGAGGAUGGCAAGACAUGCUCUGAAGCAGCAUCAUUCCCUUGUGGCUUGAAGCUGAAAGAGGCCUCACUACGGCGCUCUCUGCCAGAGGAGUAUGAGAACAUUACUCUGGCCUCAGAUGUCCCCUCCUCUGAUUGGAACACUACAACCCCAAUGGAGGGAGAGGGCAAUUCAACCCAGCCAGGAGUCAACAGCACUGAAGACCUGACAGAUGUUAAUGAAGACUCUCGGAUAGUAGGAGGGCAACUGGAAAAGCAGGGAGGAAGCCCAUGGCAGGUCCUGAUCCACAGAAAGGAUGGGUAUGGCUUCUGCGGGGGAACUCUUAUUAGUCAGCGUUGGGUUAUUAGUGCUGCACACUGCAUGGAGCAAACCCCUGACCAUAUAACUAUAGGGGACUAUGACAAGGAGCGUCCGGACCCAGGUGAACAAAAGAUCCACGUGGAGAGGGUUGUUGUACACCCGCACUUCCAUGAAUACACCUUCGAUAGUGACAUUGCUCUCAUGUACCUUUCCUCGUCUGUGGUACUGAGCCCAGCGGCAAUUCCCAUCUGCCUUCCCAACGAUCACUUGGCGCAGCACCUCCAGCGGGAUGAUGUGAGGGGCUUGGUCACAGGCUGGGGCGCCACGCAGUACUUCGGGCGUUCCUCGCGCUUCCUACGCAAAGUCUAUCUGCCCAUGGUCGACCAGCAGGAAUGUAUCCGCUCUACGGAACAGGUUAUCACCGACAACAUGUUCUGCGCGGGCUAUACGGAGGCCAGCAUGGACGCAUGCAGUGGAGACAGUGGCGGCCCCUUUGUGGUCAACUACCGAGGAACCUGGUUCCUUACCGGGGUGGUGAGCUGGGGGGAGCAGUGUGCCGCCCGUGGGAAGUAUGGUGUCUUUACCCGGCUAGGGAACUACUUGCACUGGAUAAAGGAUACUGUAGAAAACCAGGAUCAUAACAGUACACAUACCUGAAGGGUUGCUUGGAGACAACCUUAGUACAUUUCCUCUCUCUUGGGUGCUUAGAUGUUUGCAAAUCUGAAGGGGCUGGAAAUAGUGGUCUUCUAUCAUAUUGCUUGUAUUUUACAUCACAGCAACAUCAAAGGAUUAUAAUCAAGGGCAUGGAAUCAAGUCAAACCUAGCCCCUAAACUUAAGUUUCAGGACUAGAGUCCUUUGUUUGGCAGUUAUAACUGAAAUUGUAUUAAAAUCACUUGCCACUAGCAAAACAUAGUUGGAAUGUUAUUAAUGUGUAUUAAUGCAAUAGUUCACUCCACAGUCAAUUUAGUUCAGACAUCAACAUGGGCCAAAUUAAAUCUAAAUGUGUGAAGCUCUCAAAUGUUGCACAUUACCUUCUGAGGUAUGUGAAGCAUGUCAAUCUACAUUUUAUUGAGAUUGUAUAUAAAUUGAAAUGUCACCCUGUUAAU